AUGCACUGCAGUUUCUGGUCAAAAUUUGCUACAAACAACCAGAAAUCAAAAGGCAAAAAUAGUACUGAAACCGUCGUCGGUGUAAAACCUAAAAUCGAAGAGAGUACUGAUUCAUUUUCUUACGGCUUUAGCGUCGUCGGUGGUCGUCGUCUGUGGUCGUUGCUCGUCGUUGGUCGUCGUCGCCGUUGCUCGUCGGUUUCUGGUCGUCCCGUUGCUGCUCAUCGGCUUCGUUUUUGGAGAAUAGUUUGUAGCACCAGAUCAAAAUUCAUUUCACGACCUCCAGUCUCUCAUCUUCAUCUUCAACCCCAAUUUUCAGUUUUUGUUCUUCCACCUCAGUUUUUGUUCAACCUUAUCAUUCCAAGCUUCGUCGGAGGGCUCUCCUGGGCCACCGACAAUGAUGCGCUGGAGAGAGCCUUUUCUUCGUUGAUCAUCAACGAUCGUGAGAUUGGGAGGUCCAGGGGCUUCAGCUUCGUCACCUUUAGCAACGAGAAGGCCAUGAGGGACGCGAUCGAAGGCAUGAACGACCAGAACUUCGACGACCGUAACAUCACCGUCAACAAGGCCCAGUCUUGUGGAAGCGGCGGUGGUGGUAACGGGGGUUACAACUGCGGAGAUAAGGUCAUUGUUACCACCAAGCACAAUGAUGGUGAGAAGUAUGUGUGGGAGCCACUCCGAUUCAAUGUUUAUGAGGUAUUUCCUUUUGCCUUUGCGAUUGUAUCUAGUGAAACUGUAGACAAUUGGAGGUGGUUUCUACAAAGGAUAUCGGAUGUCUUGUUGGGUUUUUUUGGGUUUUUUGUAUGA